AGCUUGAGCACCUUGAAGGAUAUUAUUUCAUAGCACUGAACUGUUGAAGAAAAUGUUCGACAGAUUAGUUUUGUUCUUUUUGUGCUGUUGCCGUCUGGUUGGUGUGUUUGGUGAUUCAGAUGCAGUGAAGUCAGUGUCAGUGACGGAGGGAGAUCCAGUCACUCUAAACCCUGCUCUUACCGAUAAACAAUCUGACAAUCUGAUCAUGUGGAACUUUAAAACGAAUGGGCCUCUUAUUGCGAAAAUCAAUCAAGCGACCAACGAUAUCUCAAUAAUAGAUGAUGGUCCAGAUAAGAGAUUCAGAGACAGACUGAAGCUGAAUCACCUGACUGGAUCUCUGACCAUCAUGAACAUCACAACUGAACAUGCUGGAGUUUAUCAAGUAACCAUCAGCAGCAAGACAAAGAUUAUAUAUAGAUUUAAUGUUACUGUCUAUGCUCGUCUGCCCGUUCCUGUCAUUAUAAGUGACUCCCUACAAAAUUCUUCAUCACAUUGUUCAUUGGUGUGUUCAGUGGUGAAUGUGGGUCAUGUGACUCUCUCCUGGUACAAAGGAAACAGUUUAUUGUCCAGCAUCGGUGUGUCUGAUCUCAACAACAGUCUGUCUUUACAUCUGGAGUGUCUGGAUGAUUCAUACAGCUGUGUGCUCAACAAUCCCAUCAGCAACCAGACUAAAUAUGUCAACAUCACUGAUCUCUGUCGGCCAUGUUCAGAUUGUGCCUUCUGUUGUAAUGCUUCUGAAGCUGUCGCUCGAUUGGCUGUCUCUGUUGUGGUGGGCGUGGCUACUGUUGCUGUUGUAGUUUAUGACAUUAUCACAUCCAGGAAAGGUGUAAAUGAGAGGCGUGUGACUUGCUAAUGCAAUAUAAGAUGACUGUUCAUGAUAAUUAAAUGUAAAUCCAUAUAAUUAGCGUUUUGUUCUUGUUUUUAUAUAUUCCUUUGGCUAGGGUGUAUUUUAUAUUCAUUUUGUUUACUUAUGGAAUGUUCAAAAAUUGUGUAAAACUGUGUUUUUUAUUUAUUCAUUGUGAUUUGUGUUUAUGUAUGUGGCAUUUAAUAAAA